CUGCCCUGUGACCGUGCAGGGCCAGGCCAACAGCUCUAAUGAGUUCCACCAUGGCUGCAGCAGCGCCUGCACCUGUGACCGCAUCCAGGAAGGAAUCUCCAAGCAGGUGGGGUCUGGGGGAGGAUCCAACAGGCGUGGGCCCCCUGCUCCAGUGUCGCGUGUGUGGGGACAGCAGCAGCGGGAAACACUAUGGUAUCUACGCCUGCAACGGCUGCAGCGGCUUCUUCAAGAGGAGUGUGAGACGGAGACUCAUCUACAGGUGUCAGGUGGGGGCAGGGAUGUGCCCAGUGGACAAGGCCCAUCGCAACCAGUGCCAGGCCUGCCGGUUAAAGAAAUGCCUGCAGGCAGGCAUGAACCAGGAUGCCGUGCAGAACGAGCGCCAACCCCGAAGCACAGCCCAGGUCCACCUGGACAGCAUGGAGUCCAGCAGUGAGUCCCGACCUGAGCCCCUGGUGGCCUCCUCGACCCUGGCAGGGCCCAGCCCACUGAGCACCACGCCUGUGUCUGCAGCCAGGGCCCUAGGCCACCACUUCAUGGCCAGCCUCAUAUCAGCCGAAACCUGUGCUAAGCUGGAGCCAGAGGACGCCGAUAAGAAUAUUGAUGUGACCAGCAAUGACCCUGAGUGCCCCUCGUCCCCCUGUGGCCUGGACAGCAUCCAUGAGACAUCAGCCCGCCUGCUCUUUAUGGCUGUCAAGUGGGCCAAAAACCUGCCUGUGUUCUCCAACCUGCCCUUCCGAGAUCAGGUGAUCCUGCUAGAAGAAGCAUGGAGUGAGUUGUUCCUCCUCGGAGCCAUACAGUGGUCUCUACCUCUGGACAACUGCCCAUUGCUGGCCCCGCCUGAGACCUCUGGCGCCAGCAGCUCUCAGGGCCGCCUGGCACUGGCCAGUGCAGAGAUACGCUUCCUGCAGGAAACCAUCGCCCGGUUCCGGGCACUGGCCGUGGACCCCACGGAGUUCGCCUGCAUGAAGGCCCUGAUCCUCUUCAAACCAGAGAUGCGGGGACUGAAGGAUCCAGAGCACGUGGAGGCUCUUCAGGACCAGUCCCAAGUAAUGCUAAGCCAGCACGGCCAGGCCCACCACCCCGGCCAGCCUGUGAGGUUUGGGAAGCUGCUCCUCCUGCUCCCGUCUCUGAGGUCUAUGUCGCCGGAGCGCAUCGAGCUCCUCUUCUUCCGCAAGACCAUAGGGAACGCGCCCAUGGAGAAACUCCUCUGUGACAUGUUCAAGAACUAG